AUGAAUCAUGAUGGGACUCAUGGACAUAGUGGACAUGCAUCAUUACAUAAUUAUCAUAUGGAUGUACUUAAUAGUCACUCAAUGGAUGGUCACCAUCAUAAUGGACAUAACAUGAAAAUGUGGUUUCAUGCUGGUUAUGAGGAGAUAAUUUUGUUCGAAUUCUGGCAUAUUGAAUCUUUUUAUGGAUUGUUGCUUUCUUGUGCAUUGAUCUUCAUUCUUGCUUGCCUAUAUGAAGCGAUUAAGUGGUUUCGCGUGUACUUGCAAAUUUCUAUUGCACGCUGUCCUCCAAGUUGUCGUCAUGCUUCUCGUGAUGUUGAAUUGCUUAGAGAAAAAUGUGUUCUUGACGUCAGAAGAAGAAAUGAGGAUAAUCAUUCCUUGACGCGACUUAUGCAAGCGUCUCUUUAUAUGGUGCAGCUGACGUUGGCGUACUGGUUGAUGCUUAUCGCAAUGACUUACAAUGUUUGGUUAACAGCAGCUGUAAUCACUGGUGCAGCCUUUGGACAUUGGUUAUUUGCUGUUUCUAAAUGUUUUAAUCCUCAAACCGAUCAAUUAGAUGCCUUUGCAGCCGAUGCUUGUCACUAA